AUGUCAUCGCCUUCAUCAUCUCUGAACCAAUCUUCAAUCAUCUUCUGCAACAAGCUUCUUCUAGAGCUUCUCAUCUUCAUACACCCCCAAUCUUCGCAUGAUUCAAGCUACCGAAUCCGCUGCAAUAGUGUCACAAAUCAACAAAUAGUGCAUCACGAUCUCAUCUUCAAGAAUCAACAAAGAACGCAUAGGGAAAUGAAUCAGAGAAGAAGUAGAAGAGGAAUUCAAAAUACAAGGCCAAAGAGGACGUACCUGAGUUAUCAAAAUCUACCCCGCUGGUUUUCAAUUCACACUACUACAAACAACUUUGCAACUUCGAGAGCCGCAUCGGAGAUAAGCAAAGAAGAAGGAAGAGCGGAACAAUACCGAAUGGUGGAGAAAUCGUCGGAGUGUGAAGACGAUGUAGCCGCGUCGUUUGAAGCUCGUGAGGAUGAAGAAGCUUAUUCUUCGUAA